AUGAAGCAAAUUAAUAUUGUUAUGAUAUCAUUCUACUGUCUUUGUAAGAACAAUCAAAUUUAACAAAAUUUAGAAACUAAUUCAUAUGAAUUAAGUAAAAUUGAAUUUAAUAAGGCGUUAAAAUACUCUGAGUAUCUAAUUAUUAAAUUUGAUAUUAAUCAAUAGUUAUUUAAUUUAUUUAAGAGUUCAGUUAAUAUGAUGAAGUUGUUUAAUUUAAUAGCCUACAGAGAUUGA